CCCCAGCCCGCUCGUCGGGCGCUGGACGGACGGGCGGCGGCGCAGAAGGUGCCUCCCCCGCGGCGCCCGGGAGCGAGGUCGAGAGCCGGCCGGGAGCCCCGCCGCCUCUCUGGGGCGCCGCCCCGGAGGGCUUCUCGGAGGCGGCAGCCUUGGCCUCGGGCCUGACAGGGGGCCGGGGCGGGGGUCGGGAGGAGGGACGGACAGCCCCGAGGGCCCCCCCCCCAUCCCCGUCUCGGCAGGUGGCGGGGGACGCGGUGGCGAGCGGGGAGCGCGGCUGACCGGCCCUCGGGGCUGCCCCCUUCCUGGGCGCCGGGGAAAGGCAGCCCCGCGUUUCCCAGUUUCUCUCCUGACCGCGGUGCGCCGCUGAUUCUGGGGCUGGCAAGAGAGCAUCCUGUCGCCAAGCCGCCUGCAGCCCGGCGCCCCAGCGAUGGCAGCCAUGCUCCUGACGGCCAGACCCAAGGUGCCAGUAUCUUUUGAGGACGUGUCCGUGUACUUCACCAAGACAGAAUGGAAGCUUCUGGAUCUCAGACAAAGGAUGCUCUACAAGCAAGUGAUGCUGGAAAACUACCGCCACUUGGUGUCGCUGGGGUUUUCAUUCUCCAAGCCUCACCUGGUCUCCCAGCUAGAGCGCGGGGAGGGGCCCUGGGUGGCCAGCCACAGGAUGGGGGCCGCCGCGGGGAUGCAGGCAGGUGACAAGACGAAGAGCAAGACGACCUCACAGCAGAAAGAUGGCCCCAAAGACCCGGCGGGGGCCGACGGUCAGGGUGGCAGCAAGGGCCAGGUGGCCCGGCGGCCGCAGGAAGCACCUGAGCACCGGUGGAAACAUACCUCUCGUCCACAGACAGGUGCGGGCAGGGGUGGCGACCCCAGAGAGAAAGGCCGGAGCAGCCACUCGGGGGCGGGCAGAGAGCCGCAGGCAAGCGGCCGCGGCGGUAGGCAGGAUCCGGUUCCAAGGCAGCAGGGCUCCAAAGGCGCCGAGAAGCGGUUCCUGUGUCAGCAGUGCGGGAAAUCCUUCAGCCGGAGCUCCAACCUCAUCAAGCACCGGAUCAUCCACAGCGGCGAGAAGCCCUACGAGUGCGGCGAGUGCGGGAAGCUCUUCCGGCGCAGCUUCGCGCUCCUGGAGCACCAGCGCAUCCACAGCGGCGAGAAGCCCUACGCCUGCGGCGAGUGCGGCAAGACCUUCACGCGCAGCUCCAACCUCAUCAAGCACCAGAUCAUCCACAGCGGCGAGAAGCCGUUCGCCUGCGGCGAGUGCGGGAAGCUCUUCCGGCGCAGCUUCGCGCUCCUGGAGCACCAGCGCAUCCACAGCGGCGAGCGGCCCUACGCCUGCGGCGAGUGCGGCAAGGCCUUCAGCAGGAGCUCCAACCUCAUCGAGCACCAGCGCACCCACAGCGGCGAGAAGCCCUACACCUGCAGCCAGUGCCCGAAGGCCUUCAAGGGCAUCUCCCAGCUCAUCCACCACCAGCGCAUCCACAGCGGGGAGCGGCCCUUUGAGUGCAAGGAGUGCGGGAAGGCCUUCCGGGGGCGCUCGGGCCUCAGCCAGCACCGGCGGGUGCACAGCGGCGAGAAGCCCUACGAGUGCAGCGAGUGCGGCAAGACCUUCAGCCGCCGGUCCAACCUCUUCAAGCACCAGGCGGUGCACAGCGAGGAGAGGCCCCACGAACGGGGCGACUGCGGGAGGGCCUUCCGCAGCGGCUCGGUCCUCCUGGAGCGCCGGCGCGACCGCGGCGACAAGGCCUCCCAGGGGAACCCCAAAGCGCGCGCCUCCAGGAAGCUCCCGCAGGCGGCCGGCCCGUCCGACCGGGGAGCCGCCGCGGAGCCCCGCCCCGAGGACGAGAAGCGCGGCCAGACGCCGCCCCCGGCGCCGGCGGCCGGGGUGUCGCGCGGGAGGCCCGGUCCCAAGUGAGGCGCCUCCCGCCCCUCCCCGUGGUCGUCGAUGCGGCCGCCGAGGCCCAGAGACGGCGCCGGGGGCGGCUCCCGGGGCUGCGCGCGGGCGGGAUUGCCCCCGCCGUGGAGCUGCUGCCAGUGGGGCCGUGGGCGGGAGGGAGCGGUGCCUUGAGGGAGGGAGGAGCGGGCCCCCUCCCCUCGUGGGGUCUUCGCGUCGCCCCAGACUUGUUAGCGUUUCCAGGGAGAAGACACUGAAAGCACUUUAGUCCUUGACUUGAGAGAAUUCAACGUCGGGGGCUCCGCUGCCGGCUUGGCUUGACGGCGCCGUCCCCUAAAAGUCAUCCAGAAGGGGAAUGGGAAAGGGCUCGGGCAUCUGGCUCCUGCUCCCGCUCCCGCUCCCGCAGCAUCGCCAGCCCGAGAGGGAAGGCGCAGGCCGCCCUGCUGUCGCUGAGCCGCGGCCCGUCCUCUUCGCAGGCCUUCGGUCCUUGGGCCUCCCGGCGGCGCCGCCCCCCGCCCCCCCCCCCCCCC